UGACUCUCCUCCUCGGAGCUGCUAACGUCAAACAACUUCAGUUGCACCGCGGGCUUGAGGCGCUUCACCCACAACCAGGUUGUGGCACAUCUGCCAGGCUCUUCAGGUGGAAACUUUCUUUUCUUAGGAGCAUCAGAGUGAAAGUCGACCUAUAGAGUUGUGAGUGGAGCUCACGCGACCAACCCAUCUGCCAGUUCAGACAUUCGGCCAGUAUGUCCAGCGAUCCUCCCCCUCCGUACCCCGGAGGUCCCAGUGCCCCCCUCAUUGAGGAGAAGAAUGGACAGCCUGAAACAGUAAGAACUGCUCCUCCACAGGGGCAGCCCUUGCCUCCAGACUAUGGUCCACCACCCUAUGAGGCCACACAGCCAGGCUUCCUUCCCCCUCAUGUCCCUGGAGAAGGGCCCAUGCCCAUGCCAAUGCCAAUGCCACCACCACCACCAGGUGCUCACUACCCACCCCCACCCGGUCACUUCCCUCACCCGAUGCCAGGGCAGAUGGGUCCUGGUCCCAGUCACUUUGUUCACAUGGGAGGUCACACAGCGACCGUCCUGGCUCCUCCAGGAGCAGCCACCACUGUGACCGUACUGCAGGGGGAAAUGUUCCAGACCUCACCAGUGCAGACUGUGUGUCCGCACUGCCAGCAGGCCAUCAUCACCCGCAUCUCCCAUGAUGUCGGCCUCAUGAACACACUCUUCUGCCUCUUCUGCUUCUUUGUAGGGUGUGAUCUCGGCUGCUGCUUGAUUCCCUGUCUGAUUGACGACCUCAAGGAUGUGACACACACCUGCCCUUACUGUAAGGGCUACAUUUACACAUACAAGCGUAUAUGCUAACCACCGACAGCUGUAUGCUCCAGAGACAUGUACAUGCACACACAUAAACUCACAGCUCCUCCUGCUGGUAGUUACAGGCUUCCCCCCUCCCAUUUUUGCAAAGUGUUGUGUAGCCCUCUUAAAUUGUUAGUGCAGUUUUCUCAUGACUUCACAGAAUAUUGACUGUAUAUAUCUUUCAGCAUACUUCGUUCAUGUAUAAACAUGCAUUUGAAAUGUACAAAUCUCUGACUUAACUGCAGAGGAUGAAGGAUACAAAAAGAUCCAGAGAUGGAUAGGCAGCAGGCACACAAGUGCAUCCGAUAUCUUAAAAACUGUGGGAAAAAAGGCUUGUGAUGUUACGCAUGUGAAUGAGAAGAAAAUAACUUACAGAUAGCCUCAGUUAGAGAAAGCUGUGAAAAUGGUCACUUUAUUUAUUUGAAUUCAUCUGUGAAUUUUGCUCAGAAGCAAGUGUAUUCAAACAUGCUGGGUUAGCAUCUUCUUGUUCUGUUUUUUAAAACUUUAUUUCACAUAUUUUAUCCUCUUUUAACAAUAUUCAGAACUGUGAACAUUUUUGUCUGUGUCUGAUAAGUCAGUUCUAACAGACCCUGUUUUUUUUUUCCCUUUUUAUCAUAAUCACUUCUUGAAUGUGAGAGAAUUAACCAUUUUUCUUCUCCAGAAACUAAUGACUUGCUUGUUUGGGAAUUCUCAAGAUUGAUGUUACUUGCUAUAUUUAUUAGUAAUCUUCUGGGCUUCAGUAAGUAGUCACAAAAUGUUCAGUGACUUACGGUUCAGCUGUUAUGCAUCAAUGCCCUCUGUCCAUGAUGUUCUUAAUUUUGAUAAUAAAGUCAACAUAUGCACUUUAAGUUGAAACUCA